CUCUGAGAGGGAGGAGCUCCAGCCCUCGCGUCGCUGGGAGAUUCUGGAGAGUGCGGGACUCAAUACCGGCCCGGAGGCUUUGGGAAGUGGAUUCAUUGCUCUCAUUCCUACUAGAGUACUUCUGCCUGAACUGGGAUGACCCAUGAACAUGAGCAGCUGUCAGGACUCUGUGUUUCCCCAGGAGGACCAGGAGAAUAUGACUAAGUGUCAGGAGCUGGUGACCUUCAAGGAUGUGGCUGUGGUCUUCACCAAGGAGGAGCUGGGGCUGUUGGACCUGUCCCAGAGGAAACUGUACCAAGACGUGAUGCUGGAGAACUUCAGGAACCUGGUCUCAGUGGGCAUGAAAAAGCCAAUGACAAAGCCAGUGUGGUGGACCAAUGAAAUAUUUUUAUCUCUGAACAGACAUUUAUUUGUCCUCAUUUUCAUCUCUGAAUUCUCCUUAUCCUUCCAGGACAUUGGAAUCAAAAUGAGAUAGAGACUCUUCAAAAAAUUGAAGAGUCUUUAAAAAUAUACCUUUUUCAUGAAGACCUUGUGUGCUGGCAAAUAUGGGAACAAGUUAUAAGUAAGUUAACCAGAAAUCCAGACUUGAUAAUGAAUCUG